AUGGCAGCAGCAGCGUCAGCUCUGUGUACUACUGUCCUUGCCAUCUCGCCAGCAAUUCACAACGCCCGAAACAACCUUUCUCGUAUCAAACUCCUUCCCCUUGCCUCACGCCGUCCGUCACUUUCCAGGAAUCGAAACCCUAGGAAAUUCGGCAAAUCCUUUGCGAUACGAGCAGCUGUUGUGCGCGAACAGGAGGAGAAGGAGGUGGUUGUAGAAGAAACUUUUCAACCCAAGACAUCUAGCUACGAUGUACAGGAGGGCGGCGGAGGCGGACCGGGGGAGCCUCCUCAAACUGAUUCUGAUCAAUGGAUCAUCAGGAUUGAGCAAUCCAUUAACGUCUUUCUCACGGACACGGUGAUAAAGGUUCUCGACACCUUCUACCGCGAUCGAGAUUACGCGAGGUUCUUCGUUCUUGAAACCAUUGCGAGGGUUCCUUAUUUUGCCUUCAUUUCUGUUCUGCACUUGUAUGAGAGUUUUGGUUGGUGGAGAAGAGCAGAUUAUAUAAAAGUACAUUUUGCUGAGAGUUGGAAUGAGAUGCACCACUUACUCAUCAUGGAGGAACUAGGGGGUAAUAGUUGGUGGUUUGACCGAUUCCUCGCUCAACAUAUUGCAGUGUUUUACUAUUUCAUGACUGUCUUUAUGUAUGCAUUGAGCCCAAGAAUGGCCUAUCACUUUUCUGAAUGUGUGGAACACCAUGCUUAUUCAACUUAUGAUAAAUUUAUCAAAGCGCAUGGAGAUGAGCUGAAGGAAUUGCCUGCACCAGAAGUUGCCGUGAGGUACUACACUGGGGGUGACUUAUACUUGUUUGAUGAAUUUCAGACUUCCAGAACUCCUACCUCACGAAGGCCAAAAAUAGAUAAUUUGUACGACACUUUUGUGAACAUCAGAGAAGAUGAGGGGGAACACUGCAAAACCAUGAAGGCCUGUCAAACUCCUGGUAAUCUGCACUCUCCACAUUCAUAUGCAGAUGAGGACAGCAAUGAAGAUGAAUCAUCUUCCUUGUGCAUGGAUCCUGAAUUGCACUGCGAAGGCAUUGUUGACUGCUUGAAGAAAUCUGUAGGCCCUGGUUUGUCCAAGACCAAACAGCAAGUUUAA